AAAGCUUUGCAAUUUGCAAUUGAAUUUUUUGUUUGUUUAAUUUUAUGUAUUAACUUCACAUUGUUAACCGGUUUUGGCAGCCGCAAAUUGAAGUUCCAGCCGAGGAGCAUGCCCAGGAACACGGUGGCGGGCGCCGGGAGUGCAGCCGGGGGAGAAGGCGGUGCCCCAGAGCCAAGUUCACCCGUGCAGAAGGUGUGGAAGCCGGAAUUGUACAAGCUGCAGCUGGAGGCCCCAGCUCCCUGUCCCCUGCGCUGCCAGCGUACCCUGCCCCUGCCGCCGGCCAAGAGCACUGCGGCAGCUGUGGAGGCCAACAAUGCGGCUGGACGUUUGUAUGGCUCCGAAUAUCAUGGCUUGAUGGGUCACCUGGAGGCCGAACAGCUGCUGGCCAAUGCCCGCGAUGGCAGCUACCUGGUGCGGCUUAGUCCCCAAUCCGAUGGCUACUACACAUUGAGUCUGCGCUACAAUAAGACGCCCAAGAACUACAAGAUUCUGCACAAACCGGGCGUGGGUCACUAUCUGCUUGGCCAGGACAAGCGCUUCGAUACGGUCCAUGAUAUGGUGGCCGAUGGUCUGAUUAACUUUCAUAUGCAGCUCCAUGCGAGUCCCAUUAUCCAGCAGAUCAAUCAGCAGACAAGGAAUUGUUACCAGCAGUCACCCUACAUGACCUUGAAUGGACGCAAGCUGAGGGCUUUGUCCAAUGAAAUGGGAGGCAAGGGGGCUGCUGCUGCUAAUCCUGGAUCCUUGGAAGCUGCUACCAAGUCCAAGGGAGUUGAGGCGGAGGCAAAGCCCAAGUUGGAGGAGGAGACACCUCUACCAGCUUUGGAUCCCAUGCCUUUGGUUUACGAGAAGCUGCAUCAUUUCAAGGUGCACACCUUCAAGGGUCUCAAUUGGUGUGAAUUUUGCGCCAACUUCCUGUGGGGCUUCACCGCCCAGGGUGUCAAGUGCGAGGCCUGUGGCUUUGUGGCGCACACCAAAUGCUCGGAACUGGUGCCGCCCAAGUGUGUCCCAGAUCUGAAGCGCAUACGCGGUGUCUUUGGCACUGAUCUAACCACUAUGGUGCAGCUGGAGCCGCAUCAUCUCAUACCCUUUGUGGUGCGUCGCUGCGUGGAGGAGGUGGAGGCCAGGGGUAUGCUGCAGGAGGGCAUCUAUCGGGUGUCCGGCUUUGCGGAUGAGAUUGAGGCCUUGAAGCUGGCCUUGGAUCGGGAUGGGGAGAAGACGGAUAUGUCGGAGACGACGUAUGGGAAUGUGAACGUGAUAGCUGGGACGCUGAAGUUGUAUUUGCGGCUGCUUCCAGUGCCGCUCAUCACGUUCCAGGCGUAUCCCAGCUUUAUGGCCGCAGGACGCAACGGCAAGCAGGCGGAGCAGCUCCAGCUGAUGACGGAGGCAGUGCGUCACCUGCCCCCGGCCCACUACACCUGCCUGCAAUACAUGCUGGAGCACCUGAAGCGAGUGGCCUCUCACUAUGCCGUGAACAAGAUGAACGAGCACAACCUGGCCACUGUAUUUGCGCCCACGCUGAUUGCCACGCCCCAGCACAUGACCAACCUAACCGAGGAGAUCUUCAUGCUCUCCUCCCUCAUUGCCCACUGCAAGACGAUCUUUGCCAGAAACUGAAAGCGAUCGAGCGGUCCAAGCACCGAACAGAGCGGAGCCGCUAGCCUCAGCUCGCUAGUCUCCAUCUCUGUCCAUUUCGGAUGUCCUUAAAGGCAUAGGAACCUUAAUUACACUUUGCCAAGCAUGCAUACAUAUAUAUAUUUUACUCUUAACCCGAUGAUUCCACCAAAAAUUUAGCCUAAGAUCAAAGUAAACGAUUUUAUAGCGUCUUUUUUUAGGAGUUCCAAAAAGAAACAUGAGAAAAAACCAAGCAAAAAUACACAUUCAAUGUUGUAAUUUACGAAUUUAACGAAUCUCGAAACAUUUUUAGAACAAGUAUUUUACAUAUGUAUCACAAUAAAUAUAUUUAUUUUAUUUAUAAAUUA